GCGGGAGCUCGAAUACCAAAAUCGCCCACGCGCCCAUUCGUUGGUCGGGACUUCUUGGUUGGGUGACUUGGCCGCGCGAUGCACUUCUGUCCAACAUGCGGCAACUUGCUCAUGGUCGAGCCCGAUAGCGAUGGCAUGCGCUUCUGCUGCCAAACAUGCCCGUACAUCUACCAGAUCACGCGCAAGGUCCAGAAGAAGGUGCCCCUGCAGCGCAAGCAGGUCGACGACGUCUUGGGCGGCGACGAAGCAUGGGAGAACGUCGACCAAACCGACACCCGCUGCCCGUUCUGCGAGCACCACAAGGCCUACUUUAUGCAGAUCCAGAUUCGGUCGGCGGACGAGCCAUCGACGACGUUCUACAAGUGCGUCGGCUGCAAGAAGCAGUGGAACGACAAGUAGUGGACAUGGCCAUGAUGUCGAGAAUACCAAUGUCUUGUAUUAUGAGGAUGCGUGGAUCGGCUUAUGCUUCGG